CUAGCCCUGAAAGUGUUUAGAAUCGACGUGGAUUUUGCCGAAGGAAUCCCAUCGAUUAAUCCGGAUUAAACCUCAUCGAUUAUCGCUUCGAAUCUCUCUCAUCAGGCAUCAUGGACGUGGCAUUGAAGCCGUUGUUCAGCGUGUUGGCCGCCCCGGACCUAAAUUUGAAGAAGCCUUCGUGGAUUCAGUUGCCGUCGGCCAAUCAAGUUCUUUUUGCCAUACUUGUGUCUUACUUUCUGGUGACAGGUGGCAUUAUUUAUGACGUAAUUGUGGAACCUCCAUCCGUUGGCUCAACCACGGACCAGUAUGGUAACAGUAGACCCGUGGCGUUUAUGCAAUAUCGCAUUAAUGGCCAGUAUAUUGUGGAAGGAUUGGCCUCGUCCUUCAUGUUUACUUUGGGCGGUUUGGGUUUCAUCGUGCUAGAUCAGACCCAUUCCCCCAAUAUGCCCAAAUUGAAUCGAGUUAUGUUACAGGUUAUCGGGUUUAGUUGCUUGCUGAUUUCAUUUUCGUGUUGCUUCAUCUUCAUGAAGAUGAAACUGCCGGAGUAUAUGAUCAGUUAAGCUUUGGUGUGAGGUUUAUUUAUUUCUUCAUGACAAAUAAAUUUGAUUCGAGUUUUUCA